UAUAUGUUAAUAUUAAAAUAAAAUAAAUGUGUAGUAUUAUAUAUAUAUAUAUAUAUAUAUAUAUAUAUAUAUAUAUAUAUGGGCGGACUAACAACUCAUGGGGUCCCCGGGCAAUAGGGGAUCAUGGGGCCCUUGUGUCCUUGCCAGAGGCGGACUGACCAUUUGGAAACUCGGGCACUGCCCGAGGGCCCGGGGUCAGUAGGGGGCCCCAUGAGAUGCCCCUGGUACCUUUUUCAUAGGCUUUUUUGAGUUUGUGCAAGGACACAGGGGCCCCAUGAUCCCCUAUUGCCCGGGGGCCCCAUGAUUUGUCAGUCCGCCCCUG